AUGGGCACUUCAAGAAGCAGACUGAUAUCCGUCAAGGCAAGAGAUGGCUGUGAAGAUCCCCCAACAACUGUUGGAGCUCUCCACCCUGUUAUCCAUGGUCAGACACUCAAAUACAACAUGAAAGUUAGGUCUGGUAGAGGAUUUUUCUCGAGGAACUUCAGGCAUAUCCCUAAGAAACUGGCAUCAACAAUUGGUAUUGUUGUUGAUCAUUGUUGCAGGAAUCGUUCACCUGAGGAGCUUCAAGCUGAUGUUGGUGAGUGUGCCCCCGAGGAAUUGGCUACAGCAACACAAGUUGAUGCCUACAUGCCUGUUGUGCGUGACAAGCCAUCUGUAGAUCUUGUUAAGAGCACAGAAGCGCCCACAGCUGAUUUGGAUGUUUUCAAUCAGAAAAUAUUGACAGAAGAGCUUGUAUACAAGUAG